AAUUUAAAAGCUCUUGCUGCGGUCACACUGGCGGGGAUGCAUAAAAAUAAAAACUAGCGUUCCACUUAUUUUUCCAUCGGGCCGAGCGCUGCCCCAAAUCCAAUUCCGCUUGUCAACCCGGGAGAUCCCAACAGCCAGGUGAGGCGACUACUGCAGACAUCGCGACCACAAGUGGAUGUGAGCGGAACGACGGGGAAGAGGCCAAAAGUCCAAAGGAUCCAACAGCAAGCCACUUGCCAAACUGCAGGUUCCGCACCCGGCGCAGGAGGAGCCGCCAUGAAUGCCCUGCGGCAGUUCUACCUGGAGAUCCCAGUGGUCACACGGGCCUACACCACGGUCUGUGUGCUGACCACUCUGGCAGUGCACCUGGACCUGGUGUCGCCACUGCAGCUAUACUUCAAUCCCACGCUGAUCGUGCGCAAGUUCCAGAUCUGGCGCCUGGCCACCACAUUCCUGUACUUCGGCACCAUAGGCAUUAGCUUUUUCUUUAACAUGGUCUUCACCUAUCGCUAUUGCCGCAUGCUCGAGGACGGCUCUUUCCGCGGACGCAGCUCGGACUUUGUCAUGAUGUUCAUCUUUGGCGGCGUGCUGAUGACCUUCUUCGGGAUCUUCGUCAAUCUGCUGUUCCUGGGCCAGGCCUUCACACUGAUGCUGGUCUACGUGUGGUCACGCCGUAAUCCGCUGGUGCCUAUGAACUUUUUCGGCGUGCUCAACUUCCAGGCACCCUACCUACCGUGGGUGCUCCUUUGCUGCUCCAUGAUCCUGGGCAACACCGUGUGGGUGGACGUCAUCGGCAUGGGCGUUGGCCACAUCUACUAUGUACUGGAGGACGUAUAUCCCACGCUGUCCAACGGCUAUAGACUGAUUAAAACCCCCUACUUUCUGAAACGCCUCUUCAACGAGCACAUCGAGCGCAACUACCAGGCGGCCGCCGAGGAUCGUCCUGGCGGCUUCCCCUGGGGCGGCGAAGGUCAGCCACUGCUGCCGGAGCAGAAUGCGGCCGACGGACAGGAGCAGGACCAGGAACCAGCGGAUCCAGCGCCGCCGGCUGCUGCGGCGCCGCAAUAACAAAACUAGAAAACUUGAUUCUUUUUGAUCGUCGUCGUCAACGACGAUGAUGAUGACAAUGUUGUGUACCCCUCCGCCACCUUCCGUUCGGUGCUUGGUGUAUUUAGGCGUUAAGUAUUGUGAAAGAGGCGUGCAAUAGUUAGCCAAAGUUGGUGCAGAGCGUGUGUGUAUGCCAUCUAUUGGUUUGUUUUCUGAUGCAGAGCCCAAUUUCCACGCGUUAUGUUCUUCAAAUUUAAAUUUAAAUUUACCCCCAAGGGAUGCAUUCACGACAGAUUGAACCUACACUGCACAUGUGAUUAAAUAUAUGUAUACAAACAUGCUACAAAUAAACCAUGAUGUAAAAAGCUCAA